CCUAACUCUAUCGAGUUUCGGAACCUUUCUUCCAAAAAUAAAAUUCAGGAUCUCUCUCUAAAACCCAAACCCUCUCUCCUCCCAAACCAAAAAAAAAAACUUCAUUUUUAUUUUUCUUCCUAACAGAGAUCCACUCAGAUUCUGUUUUUCAUGGAAGAGCCGGAUGAGAGAGAUGCUUCUGGCAGUGUUUCGGAGUCAACUGUUACUGUUAGGGAGCAUUUAGUGGAUGAUUCCGGUGUUAGUGUUAGUAAGGACCGGGUGGUUCAGACUUCUUUGUCUGAGGAUGUGGGGAGAGGGGAUGGGGGUGAUGGGGCUUGUAAUGGUGGUGGUGAGGAUAUUAUGGUCGAAGUUUUGGGUUCUGAUGUUUAUUUUGAUGGUGUUUGUACUCAUAGAACUGCUGGGAAUUUGGACGGUGUUUCAACUGGUGGGGAGGAGCCGUCCAGUGUGGAGAGAGAUGGGGCUGAUGUAGGGAUGGAAAGUGAGGGAGUAUCUGGGGUUGGGGAAUCAAUAAAAGGAACUUCUCAAGAAGGUGUGGAGGGCAAUGAAAGAGGCGUUGAUGUGAUGAUUCUCGAUAAUGAUGCUCGGGUGGAUGAUUCUUCAGCAGUUGCUGGUCAUGUGGACAGGGAGACUGAAGCUGCUCAUGCGGAAGAGGAAAACACUGGAAGCAAGGAGGCUAUGGUUGUAGAUACGGAUAAACUAGUCCAUAAUAGUUCAGAUGAUGAAGCUUUGAACGAUGAAGAACCUCAGAAAGUGGAGUUGCAAUCAAAGAAUUCUCCCACAGAAAAUGGGUUUGGAGAAGACUUAGUGCAUACUGAUGGGGGAAGCCAGGAAGCUUCAAUAAGUGAUGGGGAAGAAAGUUUAGAAAAGGGAACAGGUCAGAGGUGUGUGGAGGAAGAGCAGAUUGUUGAUGCACCAGUUGACCUGCAGGGUACAGGACUUGGAGUUUCAGAUGUUGAUGCACGGAAUUCUGUAAUGAAGACUUCUUCUGCAGAUGGUACUGAAAAUGCUACUGAAAAGGACCCCAACAUGUUGCCUGAUAAAGGUUUGAAUCCUGAAGCUAUUUCUCAGAGUGAAGGUUCAGACAAAGACCUCUCUAAUCUGGAAAGGGAUGAGAGUUGUAUAGUUGAGACAGAGCAUGGUGAUAUGGGAAAAAAUGAUCAUGUAGAUGACCAGAACCAAGUUUCUGGAGGAGGGGAACUUCCCAAUAGCAACUUGACUCAUGAGAAGAAGAUUUCUGGUGAUCAAAAGCAUGACUUGUGUGUGGGAGUUGAAGUCCCAGAGAUAGCAGCACGGACACUUGACAGCGAGAAUUUGGAUCAAAGUACAGCUUCUCCUGGAGAUGUGGUGAAUUCGGAUCCAUCUGUGGUUGUUACUGAACAUGUGAUGAGUACGGAUUCAAUAUCACUGAGUCAACCAAACCAUGAUGCCGAGGAAGAUGUUGCAACAGAAAAUGAUGGUAAAGUUUUGGCUCCGAGUAUUGAAGUUUCUGCUGAAAAUGAGCAAAAUUUGAUGGUGCAGAUAGAAGGCAGGAACAUGGAGCCUGAUCCUCAAUCGAAUGGACAAGGAGGGGGUACUUGCACAGAACUUGAGGAAAAUGCUGUUAUGGAUAAUAAUCUAGCUAAUUUUGAGACUGUGGAAGAAAUGGAAGUUGAUCACAAAUUUAAUGCUAACCAGAUAGGUUUACAUGGUGAGGAAGAAGAUGAAGAUGUGACAGGUAUUGAAGAUGACGAUGAUCAACUUGAAAGUUCUGUUCAAUUGCACCAAGCUCGUUAUCACCUGCCAUCGGAGAAUGAAGGUGAUUUUUCUGUUUCUGAUUUAGUGUGGGGUAAAGUGAGGAGCCAUCCUUGGUGGCCAGGUCAGAUAUUUGAUCCGUCUGAUUCUUCUGAUCAGGCGAUGAAGUAUUAUAAAAAGGACUUCUAUUUAGUUGCUUAUUUUGGGGAUCGUACAUUUGCUUGGAAUGAAAUGUCUCAUUUAAAGCCAUUUCGGACACAUUUCUCCCAAGAAGAGAUGCAGAGCCAUUCAGAAGCCUUCCAAAAUUCUGUUGAGUGUGCUCUGGAAGAAGUCUCUAGACGAGCAGAGUUGGGGCUAGCGUGUGCUUGCACACCCAAAGAAGCAUAUGACAUGAUUAAAUGUCAGAUUAUUGAAAAUGCUGGUAUUCGAGAAGAAUCAUCUAGAAGAUACGGUGUAGACAAAUCUGCCAGUGCCACAUCGUUUGAACCUGUUAAAUUAAUUGAAUACAUCAGGGACUUGGCGAAGUUUCCAUCUGAUGGUAGUGACCGUUUGGAACUAGUGAUAGCUAAGGCCCAGCUGACUGCUUUUUAUCGUCUAAAGGGGUAUUGUGGCCUGCCUCAAUUCCAAUUUGGUGGCUUGCCUCAGUUCCAGUUUUGUGGGGGGCUGGCAGACAGUGAGUUAGACAGUUUAGACAUUGAAAUGCAGUCAAGUGAUUUUGUUCACCAUGCAGCUCCAUGUCAGGAUGAUGCACAGGCGUCCCCAUCUAAGGAGAAUGUGGAAGUUCGGAGUAGUUAUCAUAAACGCAAACAUAAUUUGAAGGAUGGUCUGUAUCCUAAGAAAAAAGAAAAGAGUUUGUAUGAACUAAUGGGUGAAAAUUUUGACAAUGUUGAUGGAGAAAAUUGGUCUGAUGCAAGGACUUCCACACUGGUGUCACCUUCUUGUAAGAGACGAAAGACUGUUGAACAUCCUAUUGAUGGUUCUGGUGCGCCAGAUGGAAGGAAAACUAUUUCCGUUGCGAAGGUUUCUGGAACUGCAUCUCUUAAACAGUCCUUCAAAAUUGGUGAUUGUAUUCGUCGGGUUGCAAGUCAGUUGACUGGUACGCCUCCAAUCAUCAAGUCGACUAGUGAGAGGUUCCAAAAGCCAGAUGGAAGCUUUGAUGGGAAUGCACUCCAUGAAUCUGAUGUUUUCCUCCAGAACUUUGAUGAGGCCCAAAGAGGAAGGGUAAACUUUCCUCCCGAGUACUCCUCCUUGGAUGAAUUGUUAGAUCAACUUCAACUAGUGGCAAGCGAUCCAAUGAAGGAAUAUAGCUCCUUGAACGUAAUUGUCAGUUUUUUCACUGAUUUUCGAGAUUCAUUAAUUUUGAGGCAGCACCCUGGGAUUGAGGAGGCCUUGGAAAGAAACGGUGGUAAGAGGAAAGCACAAUUUACUUCUAUUGUUGCUUCACCACAGACAUUUGAAUUUGAGGAUAUGAGUGACACUUACUGGACAGACAGAGUAAUCCAAAAUGGGACUGAAGUUCAGCUACCUCGUAAAAACAGAAAACGAGAUUACCAACUUGCAGUUGCAGAGCCAGAAAAGGCUCUCCAAGGAAGUCGCAGGCCAUACAAGAAGCGACAUCCUGCUGGAAAUCAUGCUAUAACAGCUGAGAAGGUUACCAGCUCUGUUUAUCAGCCAUCACCUGCUGAACUUGUAAUGAACUUUUCGGAGGUGGAUUCUGUGCCAUCAGAAAAAACCCUGAAUAAUAUGUUUAGGAGGUUUGGACCCUUGCGAGAAUCUGAGACGGAAGUUGAUAGGGAGGGUGGUCGUGCAAGGGUAGUUUUUAAGAAAUCUUCUGAUGCGGAAAUUGCUUAUAGCAGUGCUGGAAGGUUCAGCAUCUUUGGACCAAGACUUGUAAAUUAUCAGCUCAGCUAUACUCCUUCUACCUUGUUUAAAGCUUCGCCUAUUCCCAGACUUCAGGAUCAGGAAAUGCAUCUCGAUCUUAGCUCGACUCAGUUCCAAGAAAUGCAACUAGAUUUAUCCUCUUUCCACGAUCAUGAGAUGCAGCUUGAUUUAUCUUCAAUUCAUGACCAGGACAUGCAACUUGAUCUUUCCACAAUUGGAUACCAGGAAAUGGAAUCGGUUCUUGGUUCACACCAUGACCAGGAGAGUAAACCUAAUUACACUGCUCAUCUCGGGGAAAUGCAGACUGAUUUUUCAACUAUCCAUUAUGAUAGGCAAUCUGAUCUUUCAGCUAUGCAUAACCAGGAACUGCAUCCUGUUUAUGCUUCAAACCAGGUAACGCAAUCGGGUCAGGUUACUUCUCAAGACCAGGAGCUGCAUCAUAAUUUCACCUCGGAUCAGCUUGGGGAGAUGCAAGCAGAUCACACUCUAACACCUCCUCAUCAUGAAGAGCCAGCAGUUUCUGCCUCAGACCCGGAGCAGAAUAUGCCACCAGUUUUUGCCACAAUCAAGGAGGAGAAGACACAGCCAGCUAUGACUACAUUCCAAGAGGAGUCACAGUCAGUGCUUGGAAUCAUCCAGGAGCAAGAGACGCACACUAUUCUAGACACUGCCCAGCUGGGUAGGAUGCAAGCCGAUCUUAAUCCAACUCAUCAUGAGAGACAAACUGUUCCUGCCACAAGUCUGGAGCAUGAAACGCAGCCAGCUUUUGCCAUGAUCCAGGAGGGGACACAGCCAGUUGUGGCCCCAAACCAGGAGCAAGAGGAUGUAGCUAAUACUGGCACCAACACGGUUCAUCACAAGGAGCAGCAGCCUGUUCCUUCGAUACCCCAGGAGCAGGAUAUGCAACCUGUUGUUGCCACAGUUCAGGAGAAUGAGAUUGUGCCAGUUCUUACCUCUACUCAGGAUCAUGAGAGGGAACCUGUGACAUCAUCAGAGGAGUUAUUGGGGGAACCUGUUCCUGCCACAACAGAAGGGCAAGCACAGCGUGUUCUUGGCACAAUGAAUGGGCAUGAGGACGAUGAUGCUCUUGGAACAAAAGAGCCGGAAGCUCAAUCUGUUACCCCUGCAACUCAUGAAGAAGAGGACACACAGCAAGUUGUUUUAACGGGGGAGGAGGCUCAAGAAGAAACUCAGGUGGCUUCCAGCUUUACAAAGGGGCAGGAAACACAAGUUCUUGACAGUACGGAGGGGCAGGAAACACAAGUUCUUGACACUACGGAGGAGCAGGAAACACAAGUUCUUGACACUACGGAGGAGCAGGAAACACAAGUUCUUGACACUAUGGAGGAGCAGGAAACACAAGUUCUUGACACUACGGAGGGGCCAGAAACACAAGUUCUUGACACUACGGAGGGGCAGGAAACACAAGUUCUUGACUCUACAGAGGGGCAGGAAACACAAGUUCUUGACUCUACGGAGGGGCAGGAAACACAAGUUCUUGACUCAAUGGCGGGGCAUGAGUCUGAGCAUGAUCUUGGUGCAAAUGAGCAGGCCACUCAGUCUGUUGUUGUAGCUGAUGAAGAAGAUGAUACAGAGCCAAUUGUUUCUGCUGGCGUGGAGGCUCAGGAAGAGACUCAGCCCAUUCUUGCCUCAACCCAGGAACUGGAGACUGAGCCAGACCAUACCUCAGCCCAGGAGUUGGAACACGAUGAGGAAGCUAUGCAGGGGCAGGAGUUGCGACCUGAUCAAGUGACAACUGAGGAGGAGCAUGAGGUGCCAGACUCUCUUACAUCCCAGGUGCAAUGUGAUAAUGAAAAGAAUCAGGUGCAGGUGGUACAAAAUAGUAAUAACGCGAAUCAGGAGCAGGAGGAACAACCUGGUAAUAACAAAAAUCCGGAGCAGGAGAUGCGACAGGAUAUUCCCACAAAUCAGGAGUCGGAGAUGCAACAUUAUAUUCCCACAGAUCAGGAGCAGGAAAAGCAUUGUGAUAAUGCAGCAGAUAAGGAGGAGGAGAAGCAAGUGGACAAUGCAGCAGAUCAGGUGCAGGACAUGCAAUGUGACGAUGUUAUGAGUCAGGAGCAGGAGAUGCAAUGUGACAAUCCCAUAAGUCAGGAUCAAGAGAUGAAAUGUGAUAAUGCCACGAGUCAGGAUCAGGAGAUGCAAUGUGACAAUUCCAAAAGUCAGGAGCAGGAGAAGCAACUUGGUAAUGCCACAAGUCUGGAGCAGGAGAUGGAAUGUGAUAAUGAGGCAGAUAAGAAGCACGUAGUGCAAUCUGGCGAGGCUGCAUCCCAUGAGCAGGAUGCACAAUCUGAUCGCGAUCAAGAAUUGCAAGCUAAUCAGGAUUCCGCUAACCAGGAGCAAGAGAAAAUACCCAAUUUUGGCACACAAGAGCAGGACAUAGCAUCCAGUGUUGAUAAACCUCCUGCUCUGGUUCAGGCGAUGGAACCUGAUUGUGCAGCAGUUCCAGACUCAGGCACACAUACUGAUUCUGUCCCCACGAAGGAUCAGGAGAGGCAACUUGGUAUUUCAUCUCUGGGCAAGAAAACAGAUUAAUUUUCAGGUAAUACACAAAUGGAAUAGUCAACUGAAGAGAACACAUCACUGCUGACAAGAGAAUAACACGACAGGUGCCAGAAGAGGUAACCGGACCAGACCCUCAUUUGGAGAUGCAUCUGGUUGUCAGUUCCAUUCAGAGUUCGCUCGGGGCUUGGUCCCUUCGUUUCAUUCUCAAAUAUUGCCAGGUUUAAAAUAUUGUAACUUAGAUUCUCCCCACCCUAGUAGUAUUAGUUGAAUGUAAAUUUAUGUUAGCUGAAGUUUAUCCACCCACUUUCUGUUGAUUUUUUUGGCGGAGGCCGGCUUUUGAAUCUGAUACAUCUGGCAUUGUACAUGACAUGUUCCAAUCACAGCCAUUGAAGUGAAGGAUGAAGGGGCUUAUUUGGAAGCCAAAUGGUGUUGAAACUUCAUGCAACAGCUAUGGAUAGUUGUUGCUCCAUUGUAUAGCAAUCUUGGGGGUUGGAAUCAUGGGGGGUUAUUAGAAUUUGAGCUCUCAUUUUGAUUCGAUGAUUGAGAUUUUACUACGCGGCAAUUUCUUGUUUUAAUGAUGAAAUAUAGCUUUAGAAUGAAUAUAAAAUGCAAGUGUUUUAGAUCGAA